CUCACGUAUACAAAUAGUCAGACGCAUGAGGAGCUCAACUAGAAAGGUUUCUAAAGGCCUAUGACCAAUCCAAACUGAGUUCAAAGUUCAAGUGGCCGUGACAGGUGACUGCUCCCACCAGCCAGUAGUCACCAACUACAACCAUCCCUGCCAGCAGUCUUGCAAGUUGAAGCGGCUGGUCACAGCCUCAGUGAUGGGUAUCGACAGUAACCGGUUCGAGGGGCCGGUGGAUGAGGAGCUCAUCUGUCCCAUCUGUUCGUCGGUCCUCGAGGACCCCGUCCAGGCUCCGGCAUGCGAGCACGCCUUCUGCCGCGGCUGUAUCACAGAGUGGUUGUCACGGCAGCAGAUUUGUCCCGUGGACCGGCAGGAGAUCACGGCCGCCCAGCUGAAACCGGUGCCGCGCAUACUGCGGAACCUGCUCGCCAGGCUCCUGAUUGUGUGCGACAACCAGCAAUACGGCUGCACGGUGGUCAUCAACCUCGAUCGGCUGGAGAGCCACCUCAAGGAGUGCGAACACAACCCCAAGCGGCCCGUCCAGUGCGAACAGGGCUGCGGCAUGGUCGUGCCCAUGGACGAGGUCAAGGAGCACAACUGUGUGCGCGAGCUGCGGGCGCUUGUGGAGCGACAGAACGAGACUGUGGCCACCCUGCAGCAGGAGCUGGCUGACAACAAGUUCCAGAUCGGCCAGCUCAACCGCGAGCUCAACCUCGUCAAGGAGUUUAUGCACGCGAUGCGGGGCAGCGACCCGCGUAUGCGUACCCUGGCCGACCGAAUGGAGCAGGAUGAGGUGGUCCGGUGGUCGGCUUCUCUCCCGCGCGCCCGGGUCACCCGCUGGGGAGGCAUGAUCUCCACACCAGACGCCGUCCUUAAGGUGGUGAUCCAGCGGGCGCUGUGCGAGUCCGGCUCUCCGCCACACAUUAUCGAGGACCUGAUGGACAACUCGCACGAGCGACGCUGGCCCACCGGUCUGUCUACACUGGAGACGCGCCAGGCGAACCGGCGUCACUACGAGAACUACGUAUGCCGCCGCAUUCCCGGUAAGCAGGCCGUCAUCGUGAUGGCAUGUGAGAACCAGCACAUGAACGAAGACAUGAUCCUCGAGCCCGGCCUGGUGCUCAUCUUCGCGCACGGCGUGGAGACGGACGCCAACUUCCAGCCACCGGCCUGAGACCGCUAAGAACCAGCGGAUUGAAACGGCUCGGGUGAGCCGGUAUGUGGUGAUACACGCUGCCAAGGGACAGACGACCCGCUCGUGUGUGUAGACUGGUAAGUCGAGGGGCACUGCGGCGGGGAAAGCCUAGACUCGGGGACGAUGAAGGUGGCCUGGUGCCCAGCUGUGACCGGCCAGGUGUCCAAAGGUAGAGCAGAUACUGGUGGCGACCGGUGGUAAAAGUAGGAGUGGUCAGUGCGAUGGUCAGUUUGGAACUCUGUCGAUGGACUGUGGGCGACCACCAAUAUCGGUGCGGUACUCAACUAAGGGAGCCAAGAAGUCGGUGUCCUACUCCUUACCGAUAAAUGGGUGCGUCCGUAGACCCCCUGUCUGCGGACUUCUGUCGGACAAGGCUCUAGUCUGAGACAAGGACUACUGGCGGGCCUUUUCUGAGGACUAAUGGUGGACAAUACUCUGGUCUGAGACCUCUCCAGCCGAGAGGCCGUACAGACAGAGCUGGCGGACGGUGGUCGGUGCCGGGCGGCCGCUGGUCCUCUCUACACUACAGUAUAGGACACUGCAGCUGCGGGACUUACCAUGCAUGCUCUGUGCUUCCGGCUCCUAACGGCUAGAUACAGCUGGUGUAGCCGCCCCACUGCUGGUGUUUAGCUGCCUUGCUGGUGUUCCUGCGUUGAAUUAUCUCUCUUCUGAUUUUGCCGCCUGCCGUCGCCGUCCGGUGGCGGAAUCCGAUCGGAUCGCCCCUCUCUUGGGCGCUAUUCAGUCGUUCUCACCGUGGAUCUACCCCACAUAGGACUAGGAGGCCCCAACGUCAGGCACGUCAUGGCCGCGUGGUUAUAAAUGUUGAACUGAUGGUGAAUUUACCUGCAACUGACCGCCUGGCUGGCGAGAGGCUGGCCCAGCUGCGAGCCCGCGCCGCAGAACUGGAGAACCUCACGGCCAAACAGGAGGCCGAGAACCGACUGCUGAGACAGGCCAGCACUGACCGCCUACCAGAGUGGGAGGCAGACGGUAUCAGGUGCAUAAUUGUGCUGUCUUAGUAACUGCCGCAGACUGGUUGUGUUAAAUGUUCUAACGUCUCUGAUGACGUCAUACUGACGUCACACCGUGUCGCCGUCGUAGUGAGCUGAGCUGCCAGGACCUGCGCUAUUGUGCGACUGUGACGUCACACUAUGUUAGUGAGCUGCGCUGUAUUUGUGAGGCCGUUCGGUGAAACUGUCGGUGGCGGUGCAGUCAGAGACGAUCGGCUGUGUGUCUGGGCUACCACAGCCAGCUAUCUAGCCUUCUAGCUGGUGGGAUAGAGGUAAGGCCACUGCCUGAAGGCCUGCCGAGCCGCUGUAUAUCCACUUGGACCGUCUAACACCCUGGACACCCAGCACACCCUCCGGCCGCGCCUGGCCGCACCGCGCCGCGCUGUAAGGUCUUCCCUUCUGUGAUAUAUUGAUCUGAGAGAGAGCAGCUAUAGCCACUGUGCAGGGGUGCCCGCCGGCUCGCACUGUUCACAUUCCUGAGCGGCCGGCCCGGCUCGGCGGCGAGCCCGAGUGUCUGGUCUUUGGGGGUGGAACUGUGACAGUAUGAGGCCGGAUCCUGCGACUGUGGAAGGGUCCUGUGAAUGUCGAAGAUGUACAGCCCUCUGCAAACUGCGUGGUAGGUAUUCUUUUUUCGACAAAAACGAGAAUAAUGCGAAUACUAUGCUAUCGGUCAUUCGCAAAUCGUAACAGGAAGACACGCGAGACACCGCACCUUAGAUUGGCAUCAUCACCGUAUUCAUUUUCCUGCUAGUUCGGCAACAAAAUCCAAAAGUUUAUAUUUGCCCCCAAAACAAACUUUUGCAUUUUGUUGCCACACAAGGCGUAUACUUUGUUUAGUGAUACACCUAAUCGAAGGAGUGGAGCAUGGCGCAUCUAUUUGCAGUGAGUUCUGACCGACUGAUAGCAUAGCCUCUGAGUUAUUAUCGGUUUUGUCGAAAAAAGAAUACCUACCACGCAGUCUGCUGAGGGCUGUACUGUGACUGGCAGAGUUCAUGUGACCGUCUGAAAGGGGUGUACUAUGAUUGAAUGACUCGAGCGCUCCGUAAGUUUUAUCGCAGUUCCGCUGUUGUAUCAUUUUUGUUUGUUGCCUUUUUAUGAUCAUUUCAUGUGCGAAUAAAUGACAAUAUGUUUUAAA